AUGUACACGUCUAGAGGGCAAGCUUCAACCACCGAUUCAGGCGGCCGAGACGAUGGUCCCGUCGAGGUUACUCUAGGAUAUUGCUGCGCUACCUACUUCUAUAGCAUUAUUUUCAUACUCGUUAUCACUCUUAUCUUUGGAGGUAUGGUCCUUUUGUAUCAUCUUGUCCUAGGCAAAUCUGCUUGUUACAUAGAGCUCUUUGCUCACUCCGUCUCCGUCUCCGUCUCAAACGUCACAAACGCAGCAAACGUUUCAACCGCUGAUUGGAGAACCGGUUUGGUUGCGAAGAGUCCAGUCACCAGAUGUAAACUCUCUCUCCAUACAGUCACGUCGCGUCUCCUUCGUGGCGACGAGGUUAUCUCCCAGGUAUCUCCGUCGCUGGAUGAUUUCGGGAGACUUGUUACCACCGAGAAGAAUGAUGAGCCGGUAACAAUUGUCGACUUCAAACAUGUGGUGACGUCGGGAGUUAACGGCAGCGUGGUUUGGGAUUAUCGUGUGGAGAGUGUCGUAGGGUUGAAGGCGAAAUUUGCACAUGGGUUCUUGUCGGUGAUUUGCAGCGGUAUUCCGGUGAAGUUUACUACGGAUUCGGCGGGGAACGUGUUUGGUUCGUUGCUCGGAGGUAUGCGACGAUGUGGAUAUUCACUCCGGGAUAACUUGAAUUCGGUUUAG